UCUCAGAAUUCUUUCUGAUGUUUCGUAACAUCUUUCGUUUCCAUGCUUCGAUCAUUGACUAUCAAGCUUAGCUACCGGAUAGGAUUGGUACCAUCUUGCGAAGUAUCUUCUGUGGGCCAAGUUAGUUUAUUGUAUUCAUCCAGUUGGUGGUUGUAUUGGAACUGUUAAUAAUAAAGAUGCCCCCAUUUUCCAAGAAGAAGCGCCGCUCUCGCUAUCACGCGUUGCUGCAUGAAGAAGAUAGUAGCAAGAAGUUGACCUACGUGAAUAUCACCAUCACGGAUGCUUCCGAGGGCGUCUACAAAAUGGUUCACUCCAAGGUGAGUGAAACUCACAAGAACUUUAUUGGAACCAAAAAGUUCAAAGAGAAGGUGGCACACACAGUUGCCAGAACGGCGUCCAACAGUGUCCCCAAGAAGGAAAUUGUCAAAAAGCUGGCGGGCAAAGUCCCCAAGAUGCUCAUGUAUCAAAUGCACCACAAGAUGGGUAUGCGAAUUGCCGCACAGAAUGUCUAUCGCGAGGAUAAUUACGCCGUCUUUCAAAUUCAAGUACAAUACGUGGAUUCCAAACGAAUGCUUGCUACCGCCAAGGAAGAAAUGAGAAGUUCCCAAAGCGAAAAUGCUACCAAGAGUGAAGAGGAAGAAAUGGAUGAUGAUGACAGCGUUGCCACGGCUGUAUUGGACGAAUGGAUUGCCGAACAAAAGAACUUGGUGCAGGAAGAGCAGGAAUCAGCCUUUGUCACGGAAGCUCUGAACGAAGAAGAAGAGAACCAAUUGAACUGGUAUAACUGGAGAGAGCUAUUCGUCCUCUUCUUGACUUGGCUCUUGCACAAACUCAUGCCUGUCACCAUUACCCGUAACCUGGAGGAAAAUCGACUACCCGCCUUGAUUCAAUCACAAAUUAGUUCAAAAUUGAAGGAAAUGUUGGACAAAAAGUUGAAGAGCAAGAGUAUGAAAGCCGAGACAGCAGUCCUCGGUGAAGAGGAACAAGCUCGCUAUUUCUUUGCUCAGCUUCAAAAGAUACGAACACCCAAAGGAGAAGCGGAAGGGGAGACCUAAGACACACGACAAUAAUAUAAUGCCGAUGGAAACCACAAACUCGAGGACAGCACCGUGCUGUUGAUUUUGGAAUAGGAUCAAGUCUUUUUGGCUGUUAGCGCAAGAGAAAAGUUUAAGAGAGGACGUGGUGGUACUUAACCACAGGCGCGGCUCGACUCAAUUCUGAUGCUAUAGGUGCUGGUGCCACAAUAAAUUGUGAAUGUCUUCCCUCCAAAAAACUUGGACCAGGAAGCAAUGCAACAUCGUCUCUGACUGUCAGUGGAGCUGCAAUUGUUCGUUUUGUACACCUUUAGCUAGAAGACUACGCUUAGUUAGAGUGAACCUGACACUUGGCUACAUGGAUGCGAGGCGGAGCAAUGAAAAGCAGCACGGGUGCAUGAGUAGGCACGCCUAGCUACUUGAAGCCUGCACCUGUUCGCGGGGGUACAUCCAUUGACCCGAGGGCUCUUGCAUUGUGGAUACAUACAUAUUCAUCUCCUUUGACGGCUACAGCAUGGUGCGAAUACCCUACCGGUAUCGGCGUUCUGUUUGAUUGGCGCUAACUUGAAACAUGCUUUCAAAAUGGUAGUGUUAUGUUUGUUAGGUAUAUCAUUGAUAGACUUGUUUUCCUCUGCAA